UCACCAGUCAGUAUUCCUGCACAUGGCCGUCUAGGUCAACUGGACGUGAGUUCGCUUUGCUGAGCAAAACAUUAGUGUUUUAUAUAGUCAUUAUGACGAAGACUGAUACCAGACAGUUAUCUUCUGCAACAAUAUUCCACAUUUAGCAUUUUUCAACAUCCUGAGCGGCAGAGUAUACUCAGUGUCUAAGAUCAGAAAGUCACCAUCAGCUGUCAAUCAUGUCCAUGUUCAGCACCGGUAUCCUGGUCCUUACAUCUCCGUUACACGUCCUCCCUCUCCGCAUCGCUCCUGUCCUCACGUCUGCUGCCCAGGUGGUCGAGCGCACACUGUACGUCCAUCUGCACCCCGGUCUCAACCUGAGCACAGGUGGGCAGGUGCGGCCCGUCUACAUCCCACCCCUGGUGGAUCUCUGCACUCUCAUCUCCCGCCUUUACAGCAAUGCUGCUGACAUUUGUGCGCACCUUGACGUCAGGGUGCUGCUCAGUAAUGUCCGCACCCAAUCGGCGGCAUUGAGAGGAAACAACGGUCCUUUUCCCACCCCACAGACGCUAUCCCACUCGCCAGAAGUUGUGCUCACAGAUUUCCCUAUUCAGGAUUCAGGCCAGUCCUCGCUGGUCACCCAGUGCUUGCAGAAGUACACGGGCUACUGCUAUGACUGCAACCCGAGUCUCUCAUCGGUGCUUUUGUACCCACGACUAAAAGAAGUCGAGGAAGAUGAUGAUAGAGGAGGAAGUCGUGCACAAUUAAAACCUUUAGAGACAUUCAGUGAUGUGGUGGUUGGCGGCACUUUUGACCGUCUGCAUGGGGCACACAAGACUCUGCUGAAUAUUUCCUGUCUGAUGGCCAACAGACGCUUUGUCAUUGGCGUGUGUGACCAGGAACUACUAAAAAAUAAGGUCUUGAAGGAGUUGAUAGAGCCGUAUUAUCAGCGAGUGCAGAAGCUCCAGGACUUUCUGAACGAUGUAAAACCAUCGCUCAAGUACGAAAUCGUUCCUCUCUCCGAGCCCUUCGGCCCGUCCAUAAGCGACCCUGAGCUGCAGUGCAUUGUGGUCAGUGAGGAGACGAGGAAAGGGGGUGAAGCUGUCAACAGGAAGCGUGCGGAAAAUGGAUUGGCUGAACUGGUUCUGUACGAGAUCCAGCUGUUGAAAGAUGCCCAUCAUGCUGACAUCGAGGAGGAGAAGAUCAGUUCCUCCAGCCUGAGAACAAGAUUGCUGGGCACGCUUCUCAAACAUCCAUCUCCACAGCCAGAUCUGCCUCUGGAUCCGUAUGUGAUUGGUCUGACGGGCGGCAGCGGGUCGGGAAAGAGCUCUAUAGCACACAGACUGGAGGCUCUCGGCGCUGUGAGGAUUGACUGUGAUCAGCUCGGUCACGAGGCCUACCUGCCGGGAACAUCCGCCUAUUAUAAGGUCAUCCAGGAGUUCGGCCCAGAUAUUCUUAAUGAGGAUAAGACCAUCAACAGAAGAGUACUGGGUGGAAAAGUAUUUGGUAACCAGGAUCGUCUGAAAGCUCUGACAGAUAUUGUGUGGCCUGAGAUUGCCCUGCUGGUGAAAACAAAAAUCAAACAUGCAAAAGAACAGGGGAAGCGUGUUUGCGUGGUGGAUGCGGCCGUGUUGCUGGAGGCGGGAUGGACAUACUUGGUGCAUGAGGUUUGGGUGGCAACCAUCCCAGAGGAAGAGGCAGUGAAGCGUAUAGUCCAGCGUGACGGUGUGAAGGAGGAAGAUGCCUUAAGGAGACUGAAGAGCCAGUGGACGAAUGCAAAGCUGAUAGAACAUGCUAACGUAGUGCUGUGCACACUGUGGGAACCUGACGUUACUCAGAGACAGGUGUUGAAAGCCUGGAGUCUCUUACAGCAGCGGAUUCAGAAGAGUCCAGAAGAAAUCAAAUCUUCACCCUGAGAAAGGCUUGCGUCAUGUACUGUGUUUCAAACAUCUGUAAUCUUCAUAAGCAAAUGAGCCAGUUCCAGUUCUUAUGCAGUUCAAAUAGAUUAGCUACAGAAAACACGUUGAGAACUUUUAAUAGAUCUGCAAUAUACGGUCUACUACUUGUUCUUAAGGCAGUUGUUAAAGUGUCAUAUUUGGUUGUUGCAAUGCCAUUUACUUUUCUAAACCCAGUGAAGGUUAUUUUCAGUAGAAAAGGGUUUGACAGUGAUUGUGGUGUAGAGUAUACAUGCUCUGAAAGAGAUAGUGCCUCCUGAAGACCACAGUUAAGUGAAUGUCAGAUUAACCCAUAACAGACCAAUUGGUCAGGGAUUGUAGGCAGAUUAACAAAACGACUGAUGUAUUCAUGGAUUAGCCAUUCCCAAAAAAAAAAAAAAACAUUUCAUAAAACUUAAAAUAAAAUUUAUUCUUCACUUA